AUGUUGCUGCUGCUGACCCUUGCCGUCCUAGGGACCCCCUCCUGCUGGGCAGGGACAUUGUAUGGGUACGGAGGAGGCAAGUACUUCAACAUUUCUGCAGACGAUGAAAAUGAAAUAACGGCAAUUCGAUUCUGUAUAGGUUUAGGUGGGCUAUUUAAAAGUGUCCAGCUGCGAGUUGGGUCCUCCUGGAGCGAGAGACAAGGUGCCACUGGUGGGAAGUGCCAGGAGUUCAUCCUGUGGCCAGGGGAGCAUAUCAUCUCAGCCUACGGCACCUACCGGCUUUUUCUCCGGUCCCUGGUACUGUACACCAACCUAGGGCGAGUGGCCUCUUUUGGGAGUGAAAAUGGCCAGAGCUUCUUCGCCUACCCUGAAAAGAAGGGGCAGGUGCUCACGGGUGUGUCCGGCCAGCACAAGCUCCUGGGCAUCUCCGGCCUUAUCUUUGAGUGGAAUUUCCAUUAGUGAAAACAACAGCUGUUCCAGGAAAUACUACCAAGUAACCACUUGAAUGAGCUCUCCUUGACCCCUGGGCAGGGACCCAGGAGUAGAAAG